AUGGUCGAUACUAGCCGGGUCCUCUUUCGGCCCUGUCGAUCACCAUGCAUCUCUCCACCCUCGCCCUUCCUCCUGGCGGCUUCCGCCCACGCCCAGCUUCACAAGCUCGGCAAGAAGGCCGGCCUCAAGUACUUUGGCGCCGCCACCGACAGCCCCGGACAACGUGAGCGUGCCGGUUUCGAGACUGCUUACGAGCAGUACGACGCCAUCCUCAACAACAUUGACGAGUUUGGCCAGACCACCCCUACCAACGGUCAGAAGUGGCUGUUCACCGAGCCUGAGCGUGGCGUCUUCAACUUCACCGAGGGCGACAUCCCAGCUCGCCCCUGGGUAGAGGAGGGUGAGUGGACCGCCGACGAGCUCCGCGAGAUCAUCACCACCCACAUCACCGAGGUCGCCGGCCACUACAAGGGCAAGUGCUACGCCUGGGACGUCGUCAACGAGGCCCUCAACGAGGACGGCACCUGGCGCGAGUCCGUCUUCUACAACGUGCUCGGCGAGGAGUACAUCAAGCUCGCCUUCCAGGUCGCCUCCGAGGUCGACCCCGAUGCCAAGCUCUACUACAACGACUACAACCUCGAGUCCGUCGGCCCCAAGUCCAAGGCCGCCGUCGAGAUUGUCAAGAUGCUCCGCGACGAUGGCAUCAAGAUUGAUGGUAUCGGUAUGCAGGCUCACCUCAUCGCCCACCAGGCCCCCAGCUUCGAGGACCAGCUCGCCGUCAUUGACUUGUACGCCGCUGCUGAUGUCGAGGUCGCUUACACCGAGCUCGACGUGAGGUUGGAGACCCCCACCAACGCCACCAACCUCGAGUGGCAGUCCAACGUCUACCGCGACUCCGUUGCCGCUUGCGUUCAGUCCGAGGCCUGCAUUGGUCUCACCCUCUGGGACUUCUAUGACCCCUUCAGCUGGGUUCCUUUCGUCUUCGAGGGUGAGGGUGCCGCUCUCCUCUGGUUCGAGGACUUCGAGACCCACCCCGCCUACGAUGCCGUCAUUGAGGUCUUGAAGAAGGCUGGCAAGCCUAGCGGCGGCAGCUGCAAGUCCAAGAGGAGGAGCCUGAAGCACUAA